AUCUUUUCAUCACCAUGAAAUCUGUUGAUAAAAUGGCGUCAGAACCUUCAGGCUUACUUUAGUACAGUUACUAUGGGUAGAAAGAACAAAAGUGGUGUGUCUCCUCAGAAUCAAGAAUCAUGUCAUAAGCUAAAUUUCUUGCAUCAGGCUUCCCAUGUAGUGCUGGCCAUCAACCCAGAAAAUGUGGAAAUGUCAAGAUUUUAUGCAAGCACAAUGAAAUCAACAGCUCAAAAACUGGUGUUUAAAUUGGAUCCAAGCAUCAAAAGGACUAUUUGCAAGCACUGUCAUGCUCUUCUCAUACCAGGAAUUACAGCAAGAGUCAGAGUCAGACGGAGAAGAGAGAGACACAUUGUGGUUACAUGCCUGGAAUGUCGGACCGUCAAAAGGUAUCUCUGUAGACCUAACCAUGUUUUGUUGAGUGAAAAACACAAUACCACCAAGCAGCAAGAUAAUGACAACGAUGAGGUUGUGCAAGAAAAUCAAAAGGAAAGACAGGAGAAGAGUUAAUGAUUGUCAGUCUUGAGAAAAGGAAAAGGGGCACUCUCCAUUUUUUUACUGCAAGGUUGGGGAGGAUUUUCUGUCUGGAGGAGCAGAAAGAUUUUUCGACCAACAAAAUUGAACAAGACAAGUGUGUUCCUUCUGCAUAGAGUUUACUUUUUUCCUUUUUAGAGCAUACAUACUCAAGUGUGCAUGAACAGAAGCCAACAACUGGAUAAUUUAUAAUGGCAUAUGUUUCUAGUGAAUAGAAGCAAACAGUAAAGUGAAUUUUGCUGUUUUCCAGUCAUCUUAGAUGUUAGAAAUGGCAAUAAGCAUUACAUCAUAAACAUGUGACACAUCACAAAAGUAAGAACACAUCACACUUUAGUGGUCUGGCCACCCAAGAUGAUAGGUGGCCAGUUCCAGAUGUUCUUUCUGUAAAAUGAAGUGUAAUAAACAACUGCACCCUUUGUUUUAUUUACUGAACACUUGGAAUGGGCUAGGAUUUUAUUGAGUAUAUAAGGAUUCACAUGACUAUGAGUCAAUGAAAAACCAUUUGCUUGUGAGACAGCUCUGAAAAAGUAAAAGACUGUAGGAUAAAAUAGGAUAAUGAGGAAAUUUCUCACCAGGCAUAACUACUUUCACUGUGUGAUCAACUAGUUUGUAUGGAUUUAGGUGUAAGGAAAGCAAUUAAAAUUUAAGUCAAAUUUUCCUAAGAAGAAAAGAAAAUAAGUUCAGAUGAAAACAAAAUGUUUCUUAUUUUUUAGUAACAAGUGAAACAUAAUCCUUUGGUCUGACUGCUUCUUUUUGCUUUUGGCAAUUAAUUCCUAAUCUUAACUUAUUCUCAUGAUUUUCUUUCUGUCUGUCAGUCUUGCCUGAUUUGUAUUAUUAACUAACACUCAAGGAGUUUUUUCUUCUAUUUUUCGGGUUAACCUAUUAUUAGCAGGUGUUUACACUGUUGCAUUGUAAAUCGUAAAGCGAGUCACUCAUUAGAAAGGUGAAUAAUUGUAAAUAUUGGGAAUCAAAAUGAUUCUAAGGGAAAUGAUUUUGGAAAAUUUUGUAAACAAUUUGAGGCAAAUCUGAAACCAUUGAUGCGCAACUUUGGACAAGCAGCGGUCAUUUAUCGGUAUAGUUUAAUCUAUCUGAAUUGUAAUCAUACCUUCCAGUCAAAUUAAAACGUGUGUAAAGUA